AUGACAACAGAAGGAGAUUUAUUAAAAUUUGCCCCAUUUAAAUCUCAAGUUGAUCCCAGUUUUUGGCAAAAAUUAACCGAAAUGAAAUUAGAUAAUGAUAAAUUAAAUGAAAAUGUUCAUAAAAUUUGGGGUUAUUAUAGUAAUAAAAAACCAGAGGGACAAAAUCAAUUAUUUUCUGUCGAUGCAAGUUCUUUCAACAAGUCGCCCGAUGAAAAUAGAUUAAUCGGAGUCGGAUCGAUAUUAAACAAAAACACAAUUGAAAGUUUCAAAGAAGAAAAUUACAUGGAUAUUGUUAAUAGAGAAGGGAAAGAAAUAAUUGACUCAAUUAAAAAAGAUGCUGUUGAAAAUCCUUCGUUACUAUCGAAAUUUUUCAUAUUAACUUUUGCCAAUUUAAAAAGUUAUAUUUUUUAUUAUUGGUUCGCAUUUCCAGCUCCGACAUUUUUCAAUUGCAAUAAUUUAAAUCAUCCUAAAAAUAUUAGUGAAUAUUUUAAUGAUGAACAACUUGAUUGUUUAUAUGAUGGUUAUAAAAAUAAAUUAAAUACUCAUAACAAAGGAUUUUUUUUUGUCAGAUUAAAAAAUGAAAACAUCGAAUUGUUUUCUCUCAAUGAGGGACUAAAUGAAAUUAAUGGUGAAGAAAAUUGGUUUUUAGGAUUUUCAGAUACUAGCAGUUCAAUAUAUCCCAGUUGGCCAUUGAGAAAUUUUAUUGCAUUGUUAAUUUAUCAUCGUUUGAAAAUGUUUGAUUAUCCUGUGAAAAUAAUUUGUCUGAGAUUAAAUUUUAUCGAUGGAAAAUGGAAUAUAAAUAAUUCAUUGGUUUUAAAUGUGAAAGUAAAUAUAAAAAAAAAUAUUAGUGAAAUCGAUGAUUGGACGAUGGAAAAAUGGGUUGGCUGGGAAAAAAACGAUAAGGGAAAGCUUAGUCCACAAAUGGCAAAUUUAAAACAAUACAUGGAUCCUGUAACUUUGGCAGAAACAUCUGUCGAUUUGAAUCUAAAACUUAUGAAGUGGCAAAUAAUGCCAAAUUUAAAUUUGGACAUAAUAAAAAAUUCAAAAUGUUUAUUAAUAGGAGCUGGAACUUUGGGUUGUGUCGUAGCUAGAAAUUUAAUUUCUUGGGGUGUUAGAAAAAUAACAUUUAUCGAUUAUGGUAAAGUUUCUUAUUCGAAUCCUGCGAGACAAUUUCUAUAUAAUUUCGAAGACGUUGGUAAAUUUAAAGCUGAAGUUGCUGCUACAGCUCUGAAGAAAAUAUUUCCCGGAACGGUUUCUUCAGGUUUGGUUUUUAAAAUUCCAAUGCCUGGACAUCCAUUGGGUGAAUCAUUGAUCGAUGAAACAAAAGAAAAUGUUGAAAAAUUGGAAAAACUCGUCGAUGAACAUGACGUUUUAUUUCUUUUAAUGGACUCCAGAGAAAGUAGGUGGUUGCCAACUUUGAUAGCUUGCGCCCGGAAAAAGUUAGUUAUCAACGCGGCUCUCGGAUUUGAUUCUUAUUUGGUUAUGAGACACGGAUUGAAAAAUUCAACAAUGGAGGAAAAAAAUGAUAGGAAAUUACUUUCUGGUGAUGUAUUAGGAUGUUACUUUUGUAACGACAUUACAGCACCUGGAAAUUCUUCGAAAAAUAGAACGUUAGAUCAACAGUGCACCGUUACUCGUCCCGGUGUGUCUAACAUAGCAGGAGCUCUGGCUGUUGAAUUAUUUGUAUCCAUUCUUCAACAUCCUCUUGGAGGUUUAGCUCCAGCUGAUACAAAUUUGGAAAAAACAGAGUAUGAUGGUGUCUUAGGCAUGAUACCACAUUCGAUUAGAGGAUUUUUGAGUCACUAUCAAACAGUUUUACCAGCUGUCGAAGCAUUUAAUUCUUGUGUUGCUUGUUCGGAAAAGGUAGUUUCCAAAUACGAGGAAGAAAAAUUUAAAUUUUUAUAUAAAGCACUCGAAUCGAAAGAAUAUUUGGAAAAUCUUUGCGGUUUAACUGAUUUACAAAAUGAACCUCUUAUUGAAGAAGUUUUGGAAUAUUCAGAUUCCGAAUCUGAAUAA